GUCUGGGAUUGCUGCGAUCUCCUCUGCCCGUGAACGUGCUGGUGAAGGGCAGCAUUCCUGCUUGUCUUGAAGCAGCAGCAUGGCUGAUAAGCUCGUGGAGAGCAAGAUCAGAUGUGACAAAGUAACCCUCUUUAAGGAGAGAGGCUGCUGUUACUGCAGGAAUGCCGAGGAGAUGCUCAAGCAGUACAACUUUGUGCCUGGAGCUCUGGAAGUUGUUGAUAUCACCCAGCGCAAGGAUGUCCAGGAUUGCCUGCAGCGAAGAACAGGGCAUAGAACCCUGCCUGUUAUCUUCGUUGGGAAAUGCUGCAUCGGAGGAUUAUCUGAUCUGCAGAACAUGGACUGGAAGCUCCCCAGAAUACUGCAGCAAAUUGGUGCCCUGCAGUAGUGUAAGGGAGAGAGACGACCAGGAGCUGCAUCUGCCUCAUUCUGACAUCCAGGGGCUUCCUGAAGGAUUCCUGGAAACUUCCUUCUGUGGGAUCGAAUGUAUCCUCCUGGCCAAUGCAGCUUCUUUCCCUGUCAGUGAUCAGUGGCUUGAGAUGUGACCAUAUUUCCAUCCUUCCUGCAGCUCCACAACAUGAUCUGCUUCAGCCCAAUAAAAUACACUUGCUCUAAG